CAGACUGGGUGAGAUAGAGGAAAGGAGGGAGGGGAAGAGGGAGAGAGAAAGAAAGGGGGGAUAAAGAAAGGAGACAGAUUGUUAGUUAAUUCCAAGGUAAACUUUAUUGAAGGCGACUGUCUGUAAGAUUAAGAAAUCGUAAGAAUAAAAUACAGACUUAAUAGUAAACUUGCCUACAAUUCCAUCGGUGUUUUUAUUAGGAAGUCUAGUUUAACAAUAAAACCAGCUGGUGAGAGCAAGGUGUCCCACCCCCUGCCGUUUAAGUCUGCCCAUCCCUAACCCUCUGCCCUGAGGCCUGAGCUCUGGGUGUCCAUGCCCACACCCCCCUCUCACUGCGCUGGUGGACAGACACAGGGAUGAGCAACAGUGGGACCAAGGAGCCGUCACCACAGCCAGGCGUGGCCCGAUCACCUGCCUCUACACCUCCACGCAGGGGCCGGGGUCGCCCACGGAAACAACAGGAGGAGCCCACUGGCCCCCCAACUCCAAAGAGGCCGAGAGGACGACCCAGAGGAAGCAAGAACAAGAGCCCUCGUGCCACUCCCAAGAAUGUAGAGCCUGUCGGGGAGAGAAGACCGCGUGGCCGGCCAAGAAAAUGGCCUCAGAGAGUAGUUCAAGAAGUAGUCCAGGAACAGCAGGGUCCUUCAGAAGAAACCGAGGAGGGCCCCUCACAGUCACAGUCUUUACCCACUGAGGCGUCACCAUCUCAGGCUCCAGCCCAAGAAGAGGCGGAGGGGGAAUAGACAAUGUGCCACAGAACUACCUCAAGGUUUGGGCAGAGACAAAGAGGUGUACACUCUUAGAAAAAAGGGUUCCAAAAGGAUUCUUUGGCUGUCCCCAUAGGAGAACCCUUUUUGGU